AAAUAUUCUGGAAAAAACUGGUGUGAACUGAAUCGCCCUUUCUCCAAAUCUAGCAACAACACGUCCAAAUCGGACAAACCUUUUGUGCAGCGGGGGGCAGCAAAAAACAAUUGUGGUGUUGCUGACUGGAAUUGGCUGGAGAGUUCACCUCCCAAUAGAUUACACAAGUCAAUCAAUGACACUUUUCAUGCAACAACUAAUUUAUUGACGGUUCCUCUUUUUGUCCGAUGUGCAUGCACUUUUUUGCAGGUUUUUUUCAUUGUCUCCUCCACACCUCGAGCAAGUGAUCAAAGUCAUCAUUGCUUUAUGUAUGUGUUGUAGAAGUCCAUCGAUGAGGACGGACCAUAAAUAGAUGGACGACGGGCCGUAAUGGACGUCACCACGGCCGUUGACGUGCUUCAAUGAUACGACGACAACGACGACAAGCUAAACUGCUGAAUAGAAUAUAUGCACUCAUGUCUCAAUUGGGGUUACUUGACCCAACACUGAACUACUUAAUGUGGUCAAACAAUUAGCACAUAUUUGAUACCGCAACUUUAUGCCUAAUUGUUGAAUUAACACUUUAUUAAUUGCACUUCUUGUGUCCUAAAUAAUAAUUGUGCUGGCCCACUAUGGGUCAGAUAUUUGAACGUACUUCACUUCUUUAUACCUCAUCUAGAGCACUUACUCGAAUUUUUUUGUUGCAUGCGAAAAUUUGAAAGGAUAUUUUUUCAGAAAUGUCCCUUAAGAGAUAUAAUUUCCUUAUAUUUAUUCCUUUAUUGCUAGUCGUAUACAGCGCCAUGGUCAUAAAACCAAGUGUCGCACAAGGUUUUGAUGCAGGACCAGCCGACCCUCUCCAGUUUGGUCUUAUCGAUCCUGUGAUACUCGAACUGGGGGCGACCUAUUUGUACAUCGCCCCAUUCGUCGUCUUCGUCAUGGGGAUUUUGGUGGUGCCUGCAUCGCUUGUGUUCCUCUUUCUCAUAAUUCUGCCCCUCUACGUCCCCACGUCGAGCACGGAGGGAGGUGCUCGCAAGUUGAGUCAUUCGGGACGUGGAGGAACGUCACCCUUUUCACGGAACGCAGACUGUGUUAAUCGAAUCAUUUGCGAAAUGUCAAACAGAAAUCAAAUUGAAGAGAGAGGAAUCCAGAGAACCAGACAACCAAUCGUCAGAGCCUCUCCGACGACCCAGUACAAUUAUUAUACCGACCGCCAUGCUAACAUUGAAGGAAGUCCACGAAAAAGAAAACUUUUCCAAAAUUCUCCCUGUGUCCGAUUUGUCUGUAAACCUUACGAUCUAUUCAUCAAAAUAAGGAAUUCGCUGCGUGGUUCUUGAUUUCAAGUUGUCGUAUAAUUAUCCUCAGUCUCUGACACUACUAGUCAUUUGUGUUAUGUAUCCACUUAUUUAUUAUUCACAUUUGUAUUGUUCAUAAAAUUCCAUAAUAAAGCUUAUCAUAAACCUA